AUGUUGGGAAAUUUAUUUGAAGGAGAUGAAGAUGAUAGGGCACCAUACCCAGCCGCAUCAGCCUAUGCUGGUAGUCGUAGUUAUUCCAGUUCAUAUCAUAGAAAACCUAUGGACAAGAGAACUCCAAAUGGUUUUGUUGGUUUAUUAAAUCAGUAUGUCUCAACCUCAUAG